AUGACAUCCUCAGGUUUCUUUCACCUAAGAGUUCCUGAGUCUUCUGCAGUGGGAUCUGCUGUCGGUAGAAUCAAAGCACAUGACUUGGACAUCGGGAAAAAUGCCGAAGUAGAGUACACAAUUGUGCCAGGUGAUGGAGGAGCCAUGUUUGACAUCACCACCAAUGAACACAACCAAGAGGGGAUCAUCAUUCUCAAAAGGCCCCUGGACUAUGAAAAUAAGAAGGCAUACACUUUUAAGGUAGAUGCCUCCAAUGCACAUCUGGAUCCACGAUUUCAAAGCUUUGGGGCUUUCAAAGACACAGCAACAGUGAAGAUUAACGUUUUGGAUGUGGAUGAGCCUCCGGUGUUCAAUAAGCCCUCCUAUGUGAUGGAUGUGUAUGAGGACACACCCGCGGGCACCAUCAUUGGAGCAGUGACGGCACAGGAUUUAGAUGCCAGCAGCAGUCCAGUCAGGUAUUCCAUUGACUGGAAGAGUGACUUGGACAGCUACUUUGACAUUGAUCCAGUGGAGGGAACGAUUUCCACAAACGAACUCCUUGACAGAGAGAGCAUUGCCCAGCACAAUAUCUCCAUCGUGGCAACCAAACUUA